AUGACCAAUCAGCAGUUAGGCAGCCAGGUCAGCAGGGGGCAGUGUGAGGGAGGAGGGGAGCCCCUGCCCAAGUCCAGCCUGAUGCAGUACUGUGGAUGGAUCACUCGCCACCUGCUACUGGCACUCACUGUGCUCGGAGUGGUUUUGGGGUCAGUGUUUGGGAUGCUGUUGCGCUAUGUCCCUGAAUUAGACUCCAACACGCUGAUGGUCAUCUCUUUCCCUGGAGAUAUUUUAAUGAGGAUGCUGAAGAUGCUCAUUCUCCCCCUCAUCAUUUCCAGCCUCAUCACAGGGCUGGCCGGUCUGGAUGCACGCUCGAGCGGGCGGAUGGGAACCAGAGCCUUGGUCUACUACAUGUCCACCACGAUCAUUGCCGCCGUGCUGGGGGUCAUCCUGGUCAUAGGGAUCCACCCAGGGAACCCCAAGCUCAGGGGAGCUCACGUCAGCUACGUCACCAAGAACCAGGAGGUCAGCAGCCUGGACGCCUUCAUGGACCUGAUCCGGAACCUGUUCCCUGAAAACCUGGUGCAGGCCUGCUUUCAACAGGUUCAGACUGUGGUAAAGAAGUUACCCAUAGCUACCGAGAACCAGACAGAACCGGUCCUGGUCAGUAAGAAGAAACUGGAAUUCAAGGGGGGCAUGAAUGUACUGGGUUUAAUCGGCUUCUUCAUCACCUUCGGAGUCUGCAUGGGGAAGAUGCGUGAGAAGGCCCAGCUCAUGUGUGAGUUCUUCAACAUUCUCAAUGAGAUCAUCAUGAAGAUGGUGAACAUGAUCAUGUGGUACUCCCCCGUGGGUAUCGCCUCUCUGAUCUGCGGGAAGAUCGCCGCCAUCGGGGACCUGGAGGUGGUUGCGCGGCAGCUGGGCAUGUACAUGGUGACUGUCAUGGUGGGCUUGACGAUCCACGGGGGCAUCAUCCUCCCGCUGAUCUUCUUCUGCGUCACCCGCAAGAACCCCUUCAGCUUCUACUCCGGGAUCUUCCAGGCUUGGAUCACGGCGCUCGGUACAGCCAGCAGUGCGGGCACACUGCCCGUGACGUUUCGCUGCCUGGAGGAGAACCUGCACAUUGAUAAGCGAGUGACGCGAUUCGUCCUGCCCAUCGGCGCCACCAUCAACAUGGACGGCACGGCGCUGUACGAGGCCGUGGCCGCCAUCUUCAUCGCCCAGAUGAACGCCAUCCACCUGGACAGCGGCCAGAUCAUCACCGUGAGCAUGACAGCCACCCUUGCCAGUGUGGGUGCAGCCAGCAUCCCAAGUGCAGGCCUGGUGACCAUGCUGCUCAUCCUCACCGCCGUGGGGCUGCCCACUCAGGACAUCAGCCUCCUCAUCGCCGUCGACUGGCUGCUGGACAGGAUGCGGACCUCCAUCAACGUGGUGGGCGACUCCUUCGGCGCCGGGAUCGUGGACUUCCUGUCGAGGGCGGAGCUGGCGGAGAUCGACGGGGAGGGGGAGGCUCCACCGCCCGCCGAAGCACCGUUCCCGCCGCCUCCCGUCGUCACGGAGACAGAGACGGGCCUCAGGCCCCCGCAGCUGCCCCCCCGCUCACCCAGGCCCCCGUCCCUCAACCACCACCCGCACUCGCUGUCCCACUCGCACUCCGUCUCUCACUCCCCCCGGUCCAUCCGCUCACACUCCUCCCGCUCCCUCUGCUCCCCCUCGCCCCGCCCGCUCCGCUCCCCCUCCCCCCGACCCCUCCGAGCACACUCACCCCGCCUCCUGCACCGGAGCGAGCCCGGCUACUGCGCUCUGCCCACCCACGACAACCAGGUCAAGACAGAGAGAGAGGGAAAGAGGGAGAGAGUGAGCGAAAGGGAGAGGGAGAGAGAAAUAGAGAGAGAGAGAGAGAGAAAAGAACGGGAUCACCUGAGGGCGCGGGAGAGCUACAGGGGGAGCGAGACUGAGGAAGAGGAGGAGAAAGAGAGAAUGGUGGACGAGGGGAGCGAAGGAGAGGAGAGCGACGACACGGCAUAUGACCGGAGACACGUGAUCCCGCCAGGCGACCUGCCCUGAGCGUCCUUCUGCCAAAAUACCGCCGUCACCAUCCCCUUCCCCUUCCCAUGUCCCCUUCCCUCUCCCACUAUGUCCCCUUCACCACCUGUCUUUCUCAUCACAUCAUUGUCUGUUUCUAGUUUUAAAGCUUAACGUCCAUCAGAAAGUAUUAGACAGCUACUUGCCCUUGUUUCCCAGCCUGAAAUCCUGUUCUUCAUUGUAAUUCUAAAAAGCAUUAUUCAUCAAAUUGUUUUCACAGCAGUAUUAUCCAUGAAAACAGUUUUCAACCCGUUUGGCAUUACGUCGUCAUCUGUCAUGCAUGGCAGUUAUGCUGCCAUGACAACAACUGCUGCCAUACUGUUCUGCACAACAAAGUAUGCUGCUAAACUGAGAUUACACACAGCUCCUUCAUGAUUAUUUUUUUAUUGCAAUGUCGCUCAGUCGAUAUAGUGUCAUUAACUUUUAACAUGCUUUAAGCUGUUUACGCUUUUGGUUUCUAAGGAAGCCAGUAAGAUUUGAGUUCCGUCCAGAGUGUCAUUACUCUUUCUGGCACUAUUUGCAUUUAGUGUGUUUUCAUGUCAAUUGCUUUGAUGAACUCACAGUUAAAGCAACUCUGCCCUAUGUUCCCUUUAAAUUUUUCCAACCCACCUACCCAUUCCCACAUUUAUAUCAACAUGAAGAUCUGUAUAUUUAUCUGAUGCUUAACCCUCCUAUUAUGUUGAGCUUUUAUGUUUGGACUCAAAUUGACCCCAACAGUUUAAAUACAUUUUGACAUUUUGUGUGUCUCCUUCUUAUUGUCUCCCAAAUUACUAGCAUUUUAUCCAUAAAUAUGAAAAAUCUGUGAGAGACAUCUAAUUUUAGAGCCUGAGGUACAGGAAGCAAAGAUGUGGCACCUGUAUGGGAAAGUACCACCAGAAACAUCCACAUAGAAAUCAGAGAGAAAAAGAAAAAUGGUUGUAUAUUUUCUGACAUGUUAUACAGUUACAGAGGGUCAAAUUAAGGUCAUACAACACAUGCAAAUUUGGUAGAAGACUUCUGAAAACAAAGCAUUAUGUUUACUAUUUAAUCCCACCAAAAUAGAAAAUGUAGAAAAUCAUACAGUAUCAAGAUGAAAAAAAGGUGAACUGAUUUUUAAGAGAUGUCAAGCACUGAAUGGGGUCAAAUUGACCCCAAACAUAAUAGGAGGGUUAAAAAACAAACCUGACUGAUCAUAUGGACGGAAUAUGGGAAUAUCACUGAGUAAUCGGCAUAGCUUGUCAGUUUAGAAUCACUGCAGUUCAUCUCUGCUCAUGCAUAACUCUAAUUCAGUAUCAUUGUAAUUAUUGUUCUUAAUGCUACUAAAAAGGGACACAGUUUUUUAUUGUAGGUAAUUUGUUGUUUGGUUGUCUGUCUAAAAUGAUGGGUGUUAGUUGUUUUUUCCUUCUCAGAAGCGCGGCAGCCAUUUAGAUCUGUGAUCUAUUUAUUGACAGUAUUUGUUGAUUGAUUAUUCUGUUCAGUCAGAUUUAUUUGUUAUUUAACUUUAUAUAAAUAUAUAUAUAUAUUAAUGUUUUAACUUAUGAUUUGUUCUUUCUUGUCCUUUUAAACUGACUUUCCAAUUGAACGGAAAGCCACCCAC